GAGGCAGGGCUUUCAGUUCCUAACAGACAAGCUGCUGAGAAAGAAGGGGAAAACAGAACAACCUCCCUCCUCGUCUUCACAACCUUCAACCUUGGUCAGAGACCACUGACCAGCAAAGGCUUCUAUGCAUUAGCGAAAAUGGACGACUCCGAGAAAUUGACGGCUUUGAAGAAGGCCUAUGCGGAGAUAAUCCUCAACACGGCCAAGGAGGCGGCGGCACGUAUUAUGGUAUCGGAGAAGAGAGCGCUUCGGUUUCAGCAGGAGCUCGUCUCGACGAAAGAGGAGGCGCUUCGGAUGCUUCUGAGGCUCAAACAGAUGUUGGAUUCUAAGGACACUGAAGCGGAGCUAACUUCCUUGGGUCAACAGACGAAAAUUGAAGAGCUUGAAGCACAGCUCCAGGAAGCGGAGGAUAUAGUAAGAGACCUUAGAGAAGAGUUGAGAGAAGUGCAGGCUGAAUUGGAGAAAGGGACCAAAAGCAACCAACUGCAGCCUUUGGAUGAACAAAAUUUAGAGGAUGAUAUUGCUAUUCAGGAAGAAAUAUCACAAGAGAAUAGACUCAGGACUUCUGGGUCUCCAUCUUCUUUACCUUGUUUGCAACUUCAACCACUCGCAACAUCUUCCAUGAAGAAUUUGACAUACGAGGGCAAUAAGUGUAAUAGUCCAAAUGACCUGCAUACGGAUAAUUGCUAUCUUCCUAACCCUUAUUUUGCCUCCAUAGUAAUGAGAAGCAAAGAGCCUGAGCUGUAUAAGAAUGGAUGCACCCAGAGAAUUCGUGCAUUUGAGAAGUACCUGUUGGAUGGAAAGUUGUCCUUUUCUGGACAAAUAGAUGAUGCAAAGAAUGAAGCAUUUACUAGAGGAGACGAAGCUAAAGGGUUGUAUAAGACAUCUAUUCAUAAGGCUGACAGUAUGCUUGAUGUAGAAGAGAAGAACCAAGAUGAACUUAAAGUGAUGCAUGCUGAUGGUAAUCAUAUCAAAGUGCAGGCUGUUAAAUCAUUUCGCCAAAAAAGAAGAAAAAGAGCCACUAGAUAUAAGAAAAGUAAAGCUUCCUCAUAUAAACAAGGUAAUGGGCUGUGUGUAGUACCUACUCAUGAGGCUGAGAAUAUGCUUGGAGUAGAAGAGAAGAACCCAGAUGAAGUGAAAGUGAUGCAGGCAAGUAGAAGUGAUAUUCACGUGCAGAUUAUUAAGUCCUUUUGUAGGAAAAGAAAACGAGCAGCUAGAUACGUAAAAGGUAGAUCUCCCUCAUGUAGGUCGCUUGCUGAUCAAGUCAUGGAAACGUGUCAAGCAUCUGAUCUUUCGAACUCCAAAACUUCUCCAGAUUCAGUUGAUAAGAAUGAGGAAGCAGUAGAAAAUAUUUCUAAGAUAAUUGAGAAUGAAGGUCAAAAGGAUCCAGUAUCCACUGUCGUCCCAAUGCUAGUCUCAGAUGCAACUGGUGUGCAAUUAGGAUCUGUUGACGUGAAUCAAAAUGACAUGGAGUUUGUCAAGGCUUGUAGUGUUCAAAACACAAUGAACAAUGGUACAGCUUUGAUUAAUAAGUUGGACAUGACAACACAGGAAAGUUUAUCUGCGGAGAAUUCAGAGGUUCAAGGUUGCAGAACAGAUGUUGAGACAUGUGAUGAGUCCUUAGUUAACUCAGAUCUGAAAGCAUCAGAUUUAAAUGAUGCAGUUAGUCAAACUGUAAAUAAUAGGUUUCUCAAGUACACAUUCCGAAGAAAACGCAAGAAGGAAUCUUUAAGCAGCCCCAAUGGUGAUUCAUCUCUUGACAAUAGCACUGCAAAGAGAAAGACAGGGGAGAAACAGAAUGGUUCUCUGGAACCCCAGAAUUCUAGCUUGAUAACAGAAUCGUCUCGAGACAGUCGGCGACUAGCACAGGUUGCUCGUCAGCUUAUAUCUUUAUCGGAGAAGAAGUGGUGGCAGUAGAUCUGGCAAUCAACAUACUCAAGGAUAUUGAGUUGGAGUGGAAAUCAAAUACAGUCCUGCUGCAGUAUAAUUUUGGAGAGGUGUUUGGUAAAAAAAAUUAGACAAAAAGGCAGUAGCCUUAUCAAGGAAGAGCUGUAGAUCCCUGAAUAAUGCAUGAGCAUCAUUUAUCCAUUAAGUUAUAUCAGUAUUGCCGUCUUUCUCU